AUGAACAGGGCUGGCUUCAGGGGCUGCAAAGCGAGAAGCUAUAUUCCGAGAGCACAUCGAGCGGACCGAAACGCUGGGCCCGACAUUCCUGUCCUUGAGAAUGGUGAUGAAAGUAUGCUUUCCAAGAAGUCUAUACUCCUCUCAUGGGACCUUCCUCGAAGCGCCAAGACAAAUGAGGUCAGGAAACUCGAUGCUUUCCCGGGUCAUAGGUACAGGUCGUCGCAACGUGUCCCAAAGUGGAACCCCGAGGCUGAAAGGGACCGGGGACUGCGACAAUAUUCGACGAAAAAGCCGCAUCCCUUCAACGCAGACCUCCGAUCCACCGCCUUCGCAUCCUCAAACGGGGACGCAUGUGAGGAUAUGACGCGCGAAUUUGGCGCUGAGCAGCGCAAGAUUGGCCCGCUGGGAAGCGGAGAAGUCGGUGGAACGAAGGGUGGAACGAAGGGUGGCGACCAAGUGAGGCGAGCGAUAACCCCAUGA